UUAGGAUGUCGGUGAACAGCGCCGGUGAGGUGGCUGGCCUCAAGCCCGCGGUCCUCCAGGCGGGGAAGCGCGAGACCGUCGUGUACAGCAACUACUCCCGACUCGGCGAACACCUCCGCCAGAUGACGCCGACGGAGCUCCAGUGUUCGGUGUUCUGCGGAGGAAGGAAGUGCAAGUAUGACAACAGCGACCAUUGGAAGACCGAGGAGAUGGCCGUCGAUGGCAUCUACUCGCACUGGGUAACGGACAACAUUUUGGCGAUGGCGAGACCUAAUACAGAAAUUAUUCAACGGAAAGACAUCGUGGAGCAAUUUGUCAAGAACAACAUCAAGACCGUGAUUAACCUCCAGAUUCCCGGCGAGCACGCCUCGUGCGGCGGUCCCCCCGAGGAGUCGGGCUUCAGCUACGACCCCAGCGUCUUCAUGGAGAACGGAAGACUGGGAAGGACAGGUGUGCUAAUCGCGUGCUACUUGGUGUACGCCCUUCGAGUACGUGCCAACGACGCCAUCCGCUACGUACGCAUGAAGAGACCGAACGCUGUGCAGACGUCGGGCCAGAUCCAAGUCGUGCAGGAAUUCGAACAGUUCAUUCUGCCGCAGCUCUAUGUCUAUUGUAACAGAGAGUUCAUGAAAGAGAAGCGAAAUCCGGAGUUCACAUUGCACCAGUACCUCCACCGCCAGAGGACCGUCUUGCAUGGCUACGAGGCGCGGACCCUCAAGAAUAUCCCAAAGCUAGUCUAUCGAGUAUGCGAAAGGCUACUUCGCCUCUGCGGGUGUGCCGGGAGCGCCGCGCCCCCGCACCUCCUGGCGCCCUUGGAGAUCUCGUACACAGUAGGAACACCUUCCUUCACAUCCUUCUUCCUGUCGGCGCAGUACGACCACGAGACGAGGGUAUCCUACUCUGCUCCCCAAAGUCUUGGUUCCCCAGCCCUCUCCGCAAGCCUCAAUAGCCAAAGAUCAACGAGCAUCAUAACACAGUACGACGUGCCAUCACUAACAACAGCAGGCUAA